AUGGAGGCGCUCCGAGACCACUCCCAGGCAGCGCUCGCGGCGAUCGGGCGCCAGUACCCGCCGCUCGUCGCGUGGCUGCGCGCCUUCCCCGUCUCCUCCUGGCCCCUGACGCUGGGCAACGCCGCGCUGAUCUGGCUCGGCCUCUGGAUCUGGUCCCCGCUGCGGCGGCCGAGCGUGCCUCGCUUCAGCGGCGCCACGACCGAGGAGGUUCGGCGGGGGCGCCUCACGAAGCUGCGCAGCACCUGCAAGCUGUUCCCGCCGCCCUACCCGAACGGCUGGUACUUCCUGUGCCGGUCGUCCGACGUGCCCCGGCGGCAGGUCCUCGCCGUCUCCGCCUUCGGGCGGGAGCUCGUGGCCUUCCGCGGCGAGAGCGGCGCCCUGGGCGUGCUGCACGCGUUCUGCCCGCACCUGGGGACGCACCUCGGCCACGGCGGGUGGGUGAACGGCGACUCGCGCUGCUCCGGACCAUCGUCUGCCCGUACCACUCCUGGGCCUUCGACCAGACUGGCGAGUGCAAGCAGAUCCCGUACUGCGAGCGGGAGCUGGGGAACUACGGCCGGCGGAUCUCGAACACACAGUACCCGCACCGGGAGGUCCUCGGCCUCGUUCUCGUGUGGUGGCAUGCCGACGGCGAGGCGCCGAGCUACGAGCCCACGAUGCUCACGGACAUAG